AGAAACUCUUGCCUUUUCAAUGGUGACGGGAACUCCCGCGAUAACGACGGUGUUUGCAGAACUAUGUUGGGAAAACCCGCCAUGUGCGUGGAAGAUCGUUUUUGGUCCCAAGUCCGUCGGAAUCGACACCGAGAAGGCAAGACUGUCCCGGUCCGAUCCCGCGGCGCAAGGCACUCUAGACCAACAGAAACGCGAUGCAGGCUGCUUUCUGCACUCGUCGUCUUCUCUUGCAGAAUUUACCUUUAGCGGCAGCAUCUUCGACGAAGGCACGGCAACGACAAGAGUAUACAAAAAUAUUGUGCAGCCUCUUGUCAUUCAAGUGACUGAGGGAAUCAGCAGCACGGUGAUUGCGUGCGGAGGCAAAGGCAGCGGGAAGACCUUCACGCUUUUCGGAACGCAUGACCACCCGGGCGUGAUUUUCAACGCUCUUCAAGAUCUUUUCAAUCACAUUGCCUCUUACCGGCAUCCCGCCUCACCACGGACAAAGCCCCGAACCAACGCGCCACAGUUUCUCGCGUGGAACCUAGAGCCUCACAAGUGGCUGGACCAGGAGUACGAGUUCUCUGUGCGCUGCUCCUAUGUUGAAAUCCGCGAGCAUGCCAUUGUCGAUCUGCUUCACUGCGCCGCAGACUUCGUUCCGACAGACAUCCUUCCCACUCUUGCACUCCGGAGAACUCCAAAGGGGAAGCCCUUCAUCGAGGGCGUCACCGAAAGACCAGGAACAAGCGUUGAAGAGCUCGUUCGAGAGCUUGCCAGAGCAGCCGCUUUGAAGAAAGCGAGGGACAAGCUCUUUCCAGAGCGCCCAUCGAGCGGUGUGGUGACAAUCACAGUGGAGAAAGCUCGAAUCGGGAGGAAGACUCAAUUGAGCUCUGAGCGCGCUUCGCCUCCUCGACACGGAUCGGACAGGAAUGCGUCAGAAAACAGUUUAAGUUCUUUUUCGGACAGUCCGGACCCGCAGGAGUCUCCCAUCCAGAUUCCUCAAAUCACACGCGCUGCCCUCACCUUCGUGGAGACCCAGGGGACAGAGGGUCUUGCUCUUCCCGACCGAGGCGCCUAUGAAAACCAAAGUUUGUUUGUGAUGGCCGAGGAUCUCCUCAGUUUGACGAACUCGGAAAACGGAAAGGCGGCCUCAUCCUCUUGGGCCGGCUCUACGCUCACGCAGAUUCUGUACCCUGCUGUCCACGGAGAUUCCAAUCUUUCUGUGAUCAUCACCAUCGACCCUGCUGACAGUUGCCUGGAUGUCUCUCUUCCCACGCUUCGCUUUGGCAGUCGCAUUUCUGGCGGACGUCGCACGCUUCGUGUCACUCAGAUCUCACGUGGAAGUUCCCACCUGCGAGCUCUGCACCUGACGCUCUCACGGCACUUUCGACACAUUCAAUCGGUGCGGAGAAAAAGGAAGGAGGACGAGGAAGGCCUGCAACUGCUCAGGCAGUUGGACCUCGAACAAACGCGCGCGACAGGCACUGACCAGUCCUGGUGGCUGCCGUCCAGUGCAGAGGCGAGGGACACUCUGAGUCAACUCGAGGAAGACCUCACGGCGGCCCGGCGCCAGAUUCUCGUCGGAGGCGCGGCGGACUGGUCUGUUCUGGAGGGAAGCCGCUUGUCGAACCUGUUGAGCAUUUUGUCUGUUUUCCACGAUCGGCGUUUCGUGCGAGAGACUCUCGGGGAAGAUACCUCGCGUCGGCGCCCGGAUUUGACCCUUCCCGACAGCCCCAGCGAGCGUCGCGACCUCACCUGGAACGAGCCGGUUUUCCCCGAGUCUGCUAGGUUGGACGGCCUGAAUCUCGUCGCAGAUGUUCUGGGGGAGCUGCGAGUCAUGAAGGCCUCUCCGAACCCUCACCUCACAGCUCUUUUAUCGACUUCGACGACUCUCUCCCUCUCUCCGGCUUCUCCACGACUCGCGCCGCCUUCUUCAUACCGCGUGGCUGCGCCCGAGGGGGCUUUCCUCUGUCCAGCCUCCGCUCCCGUCCUCCAUUCGUCCUCGAGUCUCCACUCUCCCACUGUUGCAGUCCUCCCUCGCAACUUCCCUUCCCCAGCGCCACCUUCAGGUACCUCUGAGCAGGUCGGUGCCUCGCCUUCGAACCGCACGCGCCUGGUGAACAUCACUCAGCGGCAGCGCAGCAUGCAAGGCUUGUUUCCACCAACGAGUCCUGCAGUCUCGCCUGCUGGCUUUUCGCCCGCGUGGGCGGGGUCUCUGUACAGGCGUGACUGUGGACCCCUCAAGACAGCACCAAGUCAGGCGUCGCAGGAGCCAUUUAGACGGACGCCCGGUGCCUUUUUCCCCAGCUUCGUCCAGUCUGCGUCCGACCCAAUCCUUUCUUCCUUUCCUCUCCAUUCUGGCGGGCGUGUAUGCACACCUCGAGACGCCGGCUGCCCUGACCGAACCUAUCCAGGCUUCUGGUGCGGUGCCUCUUGCCAGCCGCAGAACCAGUUCUCUCCACCUGCACCGGAGAAUGCGCCCUUCACGAUUCGAGCUGUCGUGACCGCUCCUGUUGUCGCUCCUCUCGCAAACCUUUUUGCCCAGGCCGGAUCUGACCGAAAAACAUCGUGCUCAAACUUUGGCGAGCGGCGGCUGUUUGUCGGCAUGCUGACUUUCUCCCGUUCCUCGCAGUCGAACGCGUCCCAGGACGACGUAGACAGAGCCAUGGAGGACCUGGAGAGGUCUCUAGCGGAGCUCCGGAACUCGUUUGUAGACAGGAAAGAACUCACCUCUCUGGAGACACAAACUGGCGCAGACCCGUCGCUGAGGGUCGACACCGUUCUCCUUAGCCCAGGGUCUCUGGACUCCAAGUGGUCUCCGCUGCCAGCAGACGCGUCUGGUGCACUGGGAGGUCGAGAUCGAGAGGGAGGGCAACAGUUCUGCGUCGUGGCUACACACGCAGCAGCGAGAAGUCGUGACGCGCGGGAAGCUACAUUGUCGAGUAGUUCGCAGUCGCAUGUCUCGAGCGAAGCCGAAGGAGAGGUCGGCGGCGAGCUGGAACGCAAGGCUUCGACACACGAGACCAACACAACUUCCUCCUUCGAAGGUUUCCUCGAGAGUCUCACACAGCUCCCACAAUCCAACGCUUUGACUCUGGAGGAAAAAGAGGCCUCUUGGGAGAGGCAAGCACGCGAAGGACCCGGGGCAGAGGCAGACGGAAACCAAGACCUGUUGGACACUGCGAGUCGGCUUCAGGACGAGAUUCUCGACUUGCUCGAGAACCCCAGCGGAGGUCCUUCGCAUGCGUGUGGAGAGGUUUUGGAGCGAGGCGAGGCGCGAACGCUGUCGGAGAGUUUGUCGGGCUCCAGAGUCUUUGAAUUGACCUCUUCGGCGUCUUUGUCUCCACAAGUUGAGUCGGCGUCGACGUCCGAGCCAACUGCCGUCGCUCAUGGCUUCCGCGACGCAGAUCCAAGCGAAGAAGAACUCGAAACAAACCGACAGAGCCACCGAGACAGCGCCGUUCCUUCGCCGUCGCGGAUUCGGGUCCGCCUAUCUGUCGAGGGAGAAGAAGAACAUCAACACAUGAGCAGCCGAAGAGAGUCUCCGUUGUCUCUGCAGUCGCGACGCGCCUCUCAAGCCACUUUCAUCGGGACUCCGUCGCAGCUCCUGUUUUCCCUGGAUCGCGAAGAAACUGGCAAGCCAAGAGGGAUCGCUCUACGAGGGACAGAGCCUGGACACGCAGGUCUUCCUUACCGGCGCAGAAGACAUUCUUCGUCCGUUUCUUCGUCUUCCGUUUCUUCGUCGUCCUCUUCCUCCUCGUCGUCGCCCCGGGAGGUCGGUGGAACCUCCUCGAUGGGGCACCUUCCUUGCCACCGACGUCAGCGAGGCGGAGAGAGCUGGGUCGUAUCUUCUUCGCAAAAAGAUGUGGAGACCGAGAGCGGCUUCUGCUUGCCGGAACCGCGGGCUGAAGACCGGCGUGGAGACACGAAGCAGGGCCUGUACUUCCAGGGGACGCUGCGGCCGUGGACGCACUUGUCGACUCCGGGGAUCGUCGUUCCCAGGACCGAAAAGACUCCAGAGGAACGACUGGCCGCGCAGAGGGCGAGGCUCUCUGGGAGGCGGCGUGGAGACGACAGCCGCGGCCAAGGCGACAAGAAGCACCGGACUUCGUCUCGCGAACGACGGAGGGUCCAAAGAAGUUCCAGUGGAAGCUCGGAGAGAAGGGAAGAGCAACGAGAGCGAAGAGACCGAAGCGUGGAAAGGACCCGCCCCACCGAAGUCGACGAAGUGAAGCUUCUCCAGGAGAAACUCGUCGAGCUCCAGCGUCAGCUCCAGCAGAAAGUAGAUCGAAUCAACUCGCUCUCGAGUAACGCUUGCGAGCGUCGACCGCCUGUUUCCUUCGUCAUCCCGGCUUUCGGAUCCUCGGAGCUGAAAACCGGAGACAAGGACCUUUACCCCACCGGUUUCCUGUCUCAGCCUUCUGCCUUGCCGCCUGUCACCACCGCUGCUUCUUCCACUCCGCCUCCGACCGCCCCUGCUUCUCCCGCCCCCAACGCCUUUCCGUGCACCGUUCAGAGUAGUCCUACCGGCCUUCAGGUCCCGGCGCAGCCGGCUCCCGCCUCGAGCUUCAGCUUCCCGGCCUCGGCUCUCCAGCGAAAUUUCAGUCCUCUCUCGUUUAUUCAAAGCGUCUCUGGAGCCGCUCCCGUCGUCGGCCUCGCUUCCCCGCCUGUCCACGUGCUUCAAGGCGCCUCCAGCCAGGUUCUAAGUGCCUCGUCGUGUCUCUCCCCGGUGGUCCUGACGCCGUCGACUUUUGGUCUCGCCGCAGCGCCCAGUGCAGUGGUGGCUUUCAACUCGGCUGCUCCCGCAUCGCACCCGCUUGCGGAGAAAAUUCCGGAGCCGACGCGGUGCUCCACGUGCGACGGGACUCUGUCGGAACGUUCGUCGUCGUCGCUGUCGAGCGGCGAAGAGGCAGUCCCCGCUUCCAGCGACGAGUUCCAGAAAACAGACACGGCCUGCAGCCACGACUCGUCCUUCUCCUUUCGCGCGGAAAAGAAGUCGAGUGAACAGAGAGAAAACGCCUCUUCCGAACAGGGGCCUAACGCGCCUGCGGCGUCGGAGGGCGGAGACACUGUGGUCCUUAAAGGCGAGGGGAGUUUGAGCGGCUUUGGUGUCUCGGGCGGAGGCGCGACGUUGAGAGUGUCGACAAGUCCAGAGUCCCGGCGUCUGCAGUCACCGAGGUUUCCUUCACCCUUGGAGACGCAGGACGGUGGCGCGGCUUCUGAGGCGGUUCAUGCAUCAGCUGCUCCGUCCCAGAUUCAGAGCGGCAUUCACGGCCUCUACGAUCAGCAGACCCCUGGAGAGCGAAGAGUCUAUGUGAACUCAGACAACGAACGUUGCGGCGGAUACACCCGAUUCGCGAAUUCUGCGCAGGGUGUCUGUGCGCCGUCCUACGGAGGGUCGCCUGCUCCCGUCGGUGUGACUGUCACAACAACUUCAGCAACACCAGGAAACGCGUACUCAGCUUCCAGUUUGUUCCCUCGUUAUGCAUCUCCAGCCGCCGCGUCUAGGCCUCUGGGUGCUUCUUCACGGGCGCCUGCAGAGGGCAUGCAGUCGGAGAUGCCUCGUGUUGUCUGCACGAUAAUUCGCGAUUCAAAGGGGCUCCCGCUGGACCUCAUUCCCGGCGACGGGCAUCCGCUGAGGGAAUCCUCUCGAGUGGUGUAUCCAUUUUCGCCGGACUCCCGUGGAGCCUUGCCUGGAGAUGUGACAGGCCAGCCUCUUCCGUCCUCGAUUUUCGCCUCGCACAGACGUCCAGAACCUGCGGCGUCGAUGCCCCCUCGCCCCGCUUCUCCCCUGCAAGGCUCACUGCACUUUCCUCGGCUCUCCGCGUCGAGUGGAGCGCAGCUGCGGACCCCCGAAUCUCCCUCGGCCUCUACGCGUCGUUGCGGCCUGCGCUGUCCAUACACCUCAGAGGCGCGGGAGGACUACCGGGACUUCGAGAUUCGCCAGGGCUGGCGGCAGAGCCGAAAGCCUGUGGACGCUGACUUCUUUUACGCCGGUUUGGGGGGUCCGAUUCGCUUGGAGGCGAGAGAAAGAAGCCCUCAGAAGGACCGAGGAAGGCCGGCGGCGCGCAGUGCGAGCAGAGGCGGCAUCUUUGGUGAUGGCCUCUUUGGAUUCUUCGAACGAAAAGUUCGAGACUUCUGGGAGACGCGCCCUGGGGCCACCAGCGUUCCGCCCAGACGACCCAGCAGAAAAGCAGUGCUCGUCGCGAGACCCGCAGACGAUGGAGGCUCGAAAAAGUUCUGGCCAAACUGGUACCACGUCCUCCCGCCUCCAAAUCAUGUCGAGUUCAAAAGACGGGGAAGCAUCGGAGACUCGCGUCGCCGGUCGUACUCUGGUGGCCCACCUUCGCCGCAAACUCGAAUUUCCAGGGAUCGUUCUUUGUCUGUUCCUCGAGGCUUUCCAAAGUGGAAAUGUGGGCAAGACGGUCCCGUUCAGAGCGUAGUUUUACUCGACGAAAGUCCAAAUGAAAAGACAGAACCGCCAAGUCGAAAGACACAAGAGCCGAGAAGAACGACAGGUGGAGAGGGAGGCGCCUCGAAAGAAAAGCCGACGCAGCCUUCCCUUUCCGAGGAAGACGGCAAAUCAGAAAAGAUUUUAGGGAAGAAGAAAACAGCUUCGAAGGAGGUGACCAACGAGAGUGCUGCGACCUGCCCGAAGGGGAUGGCAAAGGACUCGAACAAAAGCGGCAGCCGCGAAAGCAAGGCGUCGCCUGCAACUGUCGCCUCGCCCACUCUCCUUGCCUUUGCGCAGUCGACUCCCGUCGUUUUCUCUCCGCAAGUGGUUGCGCAGGGCUUGCCAGGAGCGCCGGGAGCGACUCCGCCGCUGAUCUUCGAUCCGCUCUGGCCCGGCUCGAGUCUCUCCCCUGCUCCGUGUCUCCUCACUCACUCGGCUCUGCCUGUAGUAGGGCAGCAGGCGAUUCCACUUGUGAAUGCCCCCUCUCCAGCUUCGACUGGUCCGGGGAUGUGCGGCAAGGCAGACGCGACCGCUGCUCCUGAGAGCUGUUCAGUCCCUGAAAGCUGUGCUUCCUUUGCGAGAAGUUUCGGGGACAUCUGCAGACAGUUGCUCGGACGGCAAACUGAGGAGCGGAAGCAAGGCGCAGCGGCGACUCCGACGCAGUCUCUCCUCCCAAAGUUCCCCUUCUUCAUGGACUUCAAACGCCCGCCUCCGGGAGCCAAGCCGUACCCCGGCCCCGUGUUCGAGAUUGGAGUUCUCAAGUCCAGCAAAUGACCGAACGUCGAGGCGAGAUGAAGCUGAAGCUGCGACAAGAGAGCGACAAGAACCAGCGUGAAGACGAAGAACAGCUGUUUGUCGAAGCGAGAAAAGUCGAGGAACAGGUCUGCGGGGAUUCCGAUGAAGCCGGAACGGAAGACAGAACGUGGAUCUGGAGCGAAGCGUUCAACGGCUUUCUGACUGUGUGUGCGUGCAUGUGUGUGUGUGGUGUGAAGUGGAUUUUCUUCCGCGUGGAUUCGCUGGUUUUUUUUGUCGCUUCCGACCAACUGGCGAGACCUGUCUAGCUCAACCCCCGAGGGGUGCGAGUAAAAAAAAUACGGGGGAAACAGAACCCUUCGGAGUUGCGGAGCGUUCUAAAACCGCGCGUGUAUCGGUUGAGGUGUGACGGUCGUUGCCUUGUGUUUUUGCCUACCUUUACAACAUUUUUCACUGUGUGUUUGAUCGCAGAAAACACAAAACACACUUUCAGUUCCAAGAGAAUGAAAUGAGC